AUGAGCCGCGGGACCAGGCAGCAGCCGGCGGCCGGCAGCCGCCGGACCAGGCGUGCCGAGCACGAGCAGUCACCGGCGGCGCUCGCCGAGAGCCCGAGGAUCGUGUCCAACCCCAUCUUUCGCUGCGAGGCCGGGCCGAGCCAGCCUAAGCCGCCGCCGCCGGGCGACCAGCUGCGCUGCGUCUACGGCCCCAACUCGCUCUACGCGCUCGUGCACGACCCGGCCUCGGCGUCCGCGGCAAGUGGCGGCAUCGGCAAGCCGCUGCCGCUGCCACCGUGCAGGGCCCACCGCGCGGGGCCGGAAACGGGAUCCCGCGUGCCAGCCUCGCGCACCGGGCCCGCGCGCGUGGCGGGCGGACCGCAUGGCAGGGCCCUGAGGCGGGCGCCGCCGGACCCGUUCCUGGCGGCCUACGUGGCGUGCAGCAAGAGCGCCGGCGGCGGCAAGGACGCGACAGCUGCCGGAGCGGAUCGGCCGCAGCAGAAGCAGAAAAAGCAAGGGAACAAGAAGAAGAAGAAGAGGGCGGCGAAGAAGAAGGUCAAGCAAGGCGAGGAGGAGGUCGUCCGCGGGUGCGGCGGCAUCUGGAGCGGCCGGUGGGCGGCGGGCGCCAAGUACGCCGGGGCCAUGUCGUGCAAGCACGGCUGCGCCGUCGCCGACCAGCAGCAGGUGAUGGACGCUCCCGCGACCGCGGCAAAGAAGGAGGCGGGGCCGACGCUGGACUUGUCGUGGGCACCGGCGGUGCUCUCGGCGAGGGCGCUGGAGCGGAGGCGGGAGCAGCGCUGAGGAUGCACGCUUGUUACGUGUCUCUGACGUGCUUCUGCUAGUGUCUGUCCAUAUGUGUCACUGCUGCCCGCUAUGGAACUAGUACUCGGCGUUGGCGUAAACUUGUGCAACGAUGGAAUUAUGACGCCAUUUGUAGAUAUACAUACAGUGUGUAAAACUAUGAAGUGAUACGAUGUCUAGCAAAAAUAUUUGGUGGAUACUCAGUAUACCAAUGAUAUGAUCUAUAUAAAUUGCGCUUACAUG